AUGCCCCCCUCGGUUCUUAUCAUUGGCGCCGGUGGUGCAUUCGGAAGACCUCUGGUGGCAGAAUUCAUCAAACAAAAAUCUCACUUUUCCCGGGUUGGCAUCCUGGCGGAUCCCGCCAAAGUGUCCAAGUUUUCCGACGCCGCUGCUCAGGGUAUCGAAGUUGUGGCGGGCUCCUUUUUGGACCCCAAAUCCUAUGAGGGCUUUGAAGUCGUUGUGUCUCUGGCGGGCAAUGCUAUCAUGAGACUCCAGCCGGCCAUGAUCGAAUCUGCCAUCGCAGGCGGAGUUCGUCACUUUUACCCGUCGGAAUUUGGAUCAGACGUUGGCCAGGAUAGUCUCAAGACCUUUCGCUACUUUCGUGAUAAGCGAGUGACCCGCGAUCAUCUCGCGGUCAAGGCCAAGGAGAACCCGGACUUUUACUACACGCUCAUGCUGACCGGCAUUUUCACCGAAUGGGCUGCAGAUCCAUUCUACGGCGUUGAUGUCGAGGCUCAUGUUGCAAACACAUAUGGACGCCCAGAUGCGCAAAUCUCUGUCACUUCAAUUCCCGACAUUGCGAGAUUUACUGUCGAGUCUAUCCUGCUACCUCUUACUCCCGGGGUUCAAAAGCGCGAAAUCCGAGUGACCGGAGAGCGGACCACCUGGCAAAAGUUCAUCGAUGACUUGGGCGAGGUUCAGGGAGCCAAGUACAAGUGCUCGUAUCUGGACCCUGCCGAGGCUGCUGCAAAGCAGGACGAGGCCCGAAAGAGUGGCGAUGAAGUCGCCGAGCUGAUGUGGUCAGUCAAGCCCCUGGCUGCCUCCGGAAACGGAAUCGUACCUGGAGAGCUGGACAAUGACAAAUUCUCAUUCCGGCCGGAGUCUGUUAAGGAGACUUUCAAGCGAGUCUAUGGAUAA